CCUUUGGACGGCUCGGUUGUGAUUUUAUUUUCCCCCCAGGUUGGUCCUCCGACGAAAACAAAGCGUGACUAACGCAAUACACCGAGUGUGUGUGUUUGUGUGUGUGUGUGUGUGUGUGUGUGUGUGUGUGGAGGAAGGAGGGCGGAGGAGGAGAGAUCCGGUUUCUCUCGUGCUCGUGCUCGUGCACGGAGGACGCUCUGCGAGGAUGCUCGUGCAGCCGCUGGCGCUCGCGCCUGCAGCCCGGUGAUAAACGAGCGGCUUUUUUUUUUUUUUUUUUUUUCUUUGCGGCACCGACCGCCGCCGCCGCCGCGGGGGACAUGGACACGCAACAAGGUCGCGAGCGCGUCUGAAUCGCGCGUCUCGACCUCCAAGAUUACAAGACGGGAGGCACAAUGAGCGAGCAGGUGUCAGUCACCCCGAGCUGGCUGACCCCUGACCCCAGCUGGGUCAGCAGCGGUGGUGGGAGCACCGAGAACCUGACAGCUGGAACGCCUCCUCCACCUGCCAUUUUACCCCCGGAGUCUUCUGCCGAGCUGCUGGUGAAUCCGUGGGAUAUUGUGCUGUGCACGUCGGGCACCCUGAUAGCCUGCGAGAACGCCCUGGUGGUCCUGGUGAUCUGGCAAAACCCGGCUCUGCGUGCUCCCAUGUUCCUGCUGAUCGGUAGCCUGGCGCUGGCUGACCUGCUAGCCGGUGUGGGUCUGGUGCUCCACUUCGCCUUUGCCUACCUGCUGCGCUCGGACGCGGCCCAGCUGCUCACGAUCGGCCUGGUGGUGGCCUCGUUCUCUGCCUCUGUCUUCAGCUUGCUGGCCAUCACCAUCGAUCGCUACCUGUCGCUGUAUUACGCGCUCACGUACAACUCAGAGCGCACAGCUGCCUUCACCUACACCAUGCUGGUGCUGCUGUGGGGGGCGUCCCUGUGCCUUGGUCUGCUGCCCGUCACGGGGGUAAACUGCCUGAGUCAGGAGGACGCCUGCAGCGUGGUACGGCCGCUCACAAAGAACAAUGUUGCUGUUCUGUCCGUGUCCUUCUUGCUGCUCUUCGGGCUCAUGCUGCAGCUCUAUGUGCAAAUCUGCAAGAUUGUAAUGCGGCAUGCGCACCAGAUCGCCGUGCAGCACCACUUCCUGGCUGCCACACCGCACUACGUCACGACACGCAAAGGCGUCUCCACGCUCGCCAUCAUCCUGGGAACGUUUGCCGCCUGCUGGAUGCCUUUCACCGUCUACUCGCUUAUUGCUGACUACACCUACCCACCGCUGUACACCUACGCCACGCUGGUUCCCGCCACCUACAACUCCAUCAUCAACCCCGUCAUCUACGCCUUCCGCAACCAGGAGAUCCAGAAGGCGCUUUGGAUGGUGUGCUGCGGCUGCAUCCCGGCCAGCAUGGCACAGCGGGCACGGACGCCCAGCGACGUCUAACGUACAUGUCUCCCUGGGAUUGCAUGCCGUUGUGAGACAAGGGGACAUACGUGUGGCCCUUCUUUUACGUCUUCCCCUUAUUGUGAUGUAACUUCGACCACUGCCACAUGGCCUUUUUUCCCCCUCACCCUGGUGCCACCAAACUGCCACCAAAGCCAACCUUUUCACGGCAUUUAUCUGUACAUAAAAUGUAGAUAAACUUGCUGUUGUAAACAAUGAGUGCUCCUUUGAAAGGCCUCAGCGGCAUCCCUCAGUGAGGGAGGAGGCUGAGAUGAGGGGCCUCGCUCUUCUCUGCUGCAUUCUGAACGUGUGCUGAAAACCAAGCAGCCAUGGGGAGCUAAAAAUAGCCGCAGCGAUCAGUGAUCCACGCCUCGCGUCAUCCGCUGGAGAGAAAAGCAGCGCCAAUCUUGCUUUAUCCUGCUUGCUAUUUUUGUGCGGUUUUAUUUUUUUCGUUUUGCUUUAAAGACCCUGACCCAAAUGUGCCCAAAUGUACAAUGUCCUCCAAAUCAGAAGACCAUGAAGAGCUAACAAGAAUCCCCUGAAUAAAACCCGUUGAUGCCUUUAUUUCCAUUUCUUGCCACAGGAUGACUAGCAUUGGUUUCCUCCUGCAUAAAGAGCGGAGGCUGGAAUGAACUGGGCUGGAUGUGAAGUGCAUGGAUAUUUAAGCAGUUGUGUAUGAAUGAAUAGGGGGUUCACUUUGAAUGAAUGUACGCUUUAGUGACAUUUGUUUAAUUCAGUGAUGUUGUCUCUGAUUUAAAAAGUCCUUUGUUUUUGCCCUUCAUACUUUACUUCCAGCUGAGCGCCAGUCUAAAUAAUGGCCAAUAGGAAAAUGAACAAAUUCAUUUAUAUUAAUUGGUAAUUACUUGAAGUGUUUUAAUUGAAAUACAGAAAUAACCUAAUCACCUUUAUCACCUGAAUGUGAAGUAUUCCCUGGAAAGCAAGCGGCUGAUGAGGAAGAUAAUGAGAGCAAACACAGAUGCUGCUUUAUAGACAAAAACCAAACAAACACCAGGUUAGUUAGUUAGCACCGCUGCUCUCCUCUGACGCCAUCGAUUUUGAUGAUAAGGGAGGUUAUGAGCUUGCGGAGUUUAGCUGAUGGUGACUUUACAAGAAAGAGCUUGGCUAAGCUGCUGUUCCUCCAAGAAAUAAUGAAGGGGGGCAAAUUGCACAAAUUGUAGUUUUGUGUCUAAGUUCUGCUUUUUUUAAGUUUUGCAAUCAAGCUAUAAGGCUCAGUAUCCACAAAACCACUGAGGAACUUUUUCCUAAGAAUGUAUGGUUCCUGUUUUAAUCUAUCUCAAUUUGAAAAGUAAUAUUAAUGUUAUUUAAACACUUUUAAUCUGAAGCAAUUAUUGUUAUAAAGGCAAACGGUUCUCCGCCCAAAAAGGAUUCCUCAAAGGCGAUUUGUAUGGUUAAUGCAUUUAGAUCUUUAAAAGGGUUCUAGCUGGAACGUUUUAUGCAAGGGAAACUGGUGUAGGGUUUUACAGUAUCUCCCAGAAGGACAAGCUGUAGAACCUGUUAUGGUUUUAGAUGAAACUUUUUGGUUUAAUGGAAGCUUAUGACCAUGAAUAGCAUCAUGUAUAUACCCUGUAAAAACUUGGAGAAGCCUAAAGAAUCUUUGGCUUGUUCUUCUGGGGGAACAAAGAACCUACAACAAAUUUUACUAUUUAAUUAUAGGCACACACUGUAUCUGAACCUGACACCAAAUCUGCCACUCUUAAGGGUUCUCUGAGUUUUCCUACUAGGGGAACCCUAAAACAAAGAACCUUUAACUAUCCAAUGAAACUUUGAGAAACUUUUUCAGUACAAUUUUGUUAUUUAGUUGCAGGCAUAUUGUCUAAACCUGAUACUAAAUCUAUCACUCUUAAGUAUUCUUUGAUUUGUCCCUCUGGGAAAACUGAAAGGUUCCUUGGUCAUGAGUUGAGGUCAGCGGUCUUAAGGCCAAAGAAAGCUGAAGAACAAAGUUCUGGCAGAAUUUUUUUCAUUAAAAUGUCAGAGUGUGAGCGCUGCUAUGAUGCUCGUCCAAAAGCCACCAAUAGGAGGACGGCAUGGGAUGAGACCACAGAUACCGUAUAUAUGAUGGCGACAGCUACAGAUACGGUAUAUAUGAUGGCUAAACAUUAACAAAUCAUGCUAAUGGACAGAAAAAAAAGCUUGUUUUUAUGCGAGGCUGUUUUGUGCUCGAGCUAGGAUCACGCUGAUUGAUGACAUAAACAGAACGUAGUAAUUUCCUUUAAUCACAGGAUCAGUUUAUACAAUGUGACAAGUCAUAAUCUUAAAAGGUCGAUAAAAUCACUCAGUCUAAAACCAGCUGGAUUCACUGACAGGUCGUGGGUGUUUAGAGGACCGUAACCAUCCCAGGAACCAUUGAGGAACCGGUUUUAAGAGGGUAGAAACCACAUUUGCAUGGUGCUAAUGUGCUAAUGCAUAUGUUUUGCCUUAUAGCUCCAGUGCAAAAAUAGCAGAAUUUGAAUGCUAAACUGCAGUGUUUUGCCUGUUUGACUACAUUUGUAGAAAAAAAAAAUGUGCAUAUUUCAGUUUUCUUCCCAGAAUCACAUUAUAUUAAUGCUUUAAAACUCCUGCUCUCAAAUCUGUUUCAGCACUAAGGUCAGACUCCAUGAGCAAGCAAUAACCACAUCUGAGUGUUUCACCAAAAUGACAGCAAUAUUCCAGCAGCAAUAACAGCUUCGUCCAGCAAAUCGGAAAUAUCACCAUAUGAUAAUAUGCCACUCCAAAUGUCCCCGAGUGGAAAUAAAGCAAGACCACUGCGGGUGACUUCUAUUGUAAAACCCAAAGCAUUAUGAACGAAGCUGUAUUUCCAAAAUGUGAACCGGACACAAUGAUCUGUCCGAACCUUUGGCGCUACGACAGCAGUCGAACUGCCUACAACAGAAUCGGGUCCUCCCCCUCAGCGUAACACGUUCAUGCAGUUUGCAUCUGCCGUCGUGAAUCUCUGACCUGUAACGUGUGUCAUGUCUCUGUAUGAUCGCAUUUGUUGCAUGGCGGCGUGUACGUGCAUGUAUGCGUAUGUCUUCGUGUGUGUGUCAUGCUAAAAAGCCUGUCUCCCUGAAGGCAUGCAGAACGGACGGAGGUGAGGUGGCAAACGUCUCCUGUGCGAAUUCCCCAAAGAUGUGUACGGGGUCAAAAAAAAAAAAAAAAAGCUCAGUCUUCCUGUCAUUCAGAGACGUCGCCUCUUGAGCCUCGGCCUAUCCAACGUGACCUUUGACCUGAGUGACCUCUUUUUUUGUUGAAGUGUAACUGAGCCGAUGCUGGAGGUUUUAAUAUUUCAUCGCAGAUGAUGAUGAUGACGUCGAUGAGGAUGACAUUUUACAAAGAGCGUCAGAAAAGAGAACGCAUUUGAAGAAUCGAUUUAUUUUAUUAUCAAUUUUCUAUUUUUUUUGUUCUUCCUGCAUUUCGACGUGCUGUACAGCUUUUUCUGAAUGUACGAUAAAGGAAUAGUUAUUAUCGUUUAUUCUCCAAGGCGUCCUUUCCAUCGAGCCGAUCCUGUAAAUAAGGCAUGAGACACCGGAGAGGCAUUGUGACAUUAGUCAUGGUGCUCUGAGCCAACAAUUAACCUUGGGCCUCGUCCAAUUUCACCCGAUGUAACCUCUUUACCUUGUCUCCUUUUUUCUUUGAGAGCUAAUCGGUGUCUGUUUUGAGCGGGCAAAACGAUCAAUGUGCAGUGAUCCGUACACGCAAAGACAAACAAGACAAGGAGAGGAUGAGGAUCCUGCUUCAAAGCUGCACCCUGGUCGAGUCUUUAGUUUGAUGUGAUGUAAUAAUAUUAAUUUAAAUAUUAUAAUCAAUAAUAUUCAGUAAUAUUACAUCAUCACAUGUUCUGAUGGAGGACACAGAUGGAGAACACAAAUGUAACCAAUCGUAGAUGCGCUGUAAUCCACUGUAAGAGCUUGACUUUGAUUGCAAAAAUGACCUGUGGUGUCAUAAACGGAGAUAUUGUGUGUAGUGCCAGUGCAAAGGGCUUGCGAGGGAUUGAUAUGCUGAGUCCGUUGAGAUAAAGGGUGAAGCAGAAGGACUACUGUGAUGACACAUACCUCAAGCUUUCUUUGAGGGUUCCAAGCAAAAUGUCCUCUUGGGACUGAAAUCGCAUCACCCCGCGUGUCAUGAACGAUGUGAUUGGGAAAAAAAAGGGUUGGGUGAAAUAGGAACAGCAUCUUGUGUAGACGUAUGCGUAGUCUUAACUGUGAAAU